AUGGCGGCGGCGACACUGGACGAUGUCGAUACACACCUCCGCGCCAUCAUCAGCAACCUAUACAACCUCAUAGUCCAAGCCCACAACUAUCAACCACCGUCGCAACCACGCGCAUUCACGGCCGAGGUGUACGCUACCUCCCUAAACAUCUUCUGGCCUGAACGCAAAUCUAACAAAUUACCCAGAAAAGAGCUCAUCAACAACCUCGUCUCCCUAACCAAAACCUCCCGCCGCCUACCCACCCACAUCCCCAUCGAGCUCAUCGAAUACGUCGAAAGCACCCGCAACCCGGACAUCUACACGCGCGAGUUCGUGGAGCUGGUUAUGAAGUACAACCAGCAGCAGAAGGGAAGGAUGGAGGCUUUUGCGAGUUUUCGGGAUAUUCUGGCUGAGCAGAUGAUGGUGGGGAUACCGGAGAUCAAGGAUGAUGUGAGGAGGGUUGCGAAUGCUUCGGGAGGAAAUGUCGCGUGA